AUGCUUUUGCGCAUUGCCAUGACGAAACACCUCAUUGUUGGACUCGAGCAGAUUCUUCUGACUCCCAAGAACAAAGUUCUCUUUUCGUUGGUGACCAAUCUCGGUUCUUUCUCUUCUUAUUUUCUUCCCGAAUGGAAAGUUCGCUUUUCUUUUACAGCCGCGGAAGGGGAAAUCUUACUUAAAACACGCGUUAAUACACUUGUUGUAACGUUCUUCUUCUUCUUCUUCUUCUUCUUCUUCUUCUUCUUCUUCUUCUUCUUCUUCUUCAAUGCCUUUAGCCGCAAACACCACUUAGAGACUUCUCGGUUCUUUCUUUUCUGGGGCUUCUUUGUGAGGACUUCUUUUCAAACUUUCUCUGAAGACUUAAAGGGAAAAGUGCCUUCAGCAAAUUUGUUGCCAUGCAUCCUUUACUCAUGGGCAAACGCUGCCUGCCAUUUCAGCGGGGAGAGAGAAACGAACCUCCUAUUCCUAAGCGGUAUAGCUCCCAACUGCUUGCUACAGUCCAGUAAAAGUUCUCCCUUCCCCUUCAAAGGGGGCGGUUCCCUUUUGAACUGUCCAAUCACAGCCCAUUAA